AUGAGUUCGCCAAAGAGACGUAUCGAGACGGAUGUAUCGCCCAGGCUCAUGAGUGACUAUGAAGUAACUCUAGUCAAUGACAACAAGUUCUAUGUCAGAUUCAAGGGUCCGUCGGAAACUCCAUUCGAAGGCGGCCUUUGGAAGAUACACGUCGAACUGCCAGACCAAUAUCCCUACAAGAGCCCCAGUAUCGGUUUCGUCAACAGGAUAUUCCACCCCAAUAUCGAUGAGCUCUCUGGCUCCGUCUGCCUGGACGUCAUCAACCAAACCUGGUCACCAAUGUACGACAUGAUCAACAUCUUCGAAGUCUUUCUCCCCCAACUCCUUCGAUAUCCCAACCCGACCGAUCCUCUGAACGGAGAAGCUGCUGCUCUUCUCAUGAGGGAACCUAAGAGCUACGACGCCAAAGUCAAAGAGUACGUACAAAAGUACGCUAGCAAAGAUACAGCCGAGGACUCUGACAAAGAUGAUGGCGAUGAUGACGAGAUGAGCUCAGUCGGCAGCUACGAGUCUGGCGAUGAAGAUGGAGCUGCAGGCAAUAUGGAUGACAUUUAG